GAGAACUGCAGGACUUCUAAGAAGUGCAUGUUGAGGAAAUGGGCGUUUCUGGAGUCGGCUCCACAAAAAGGAGGAGAGCCGCAUCGUUGUUAACAUUUGCUUUCUGAACUUGGAGUACUUUUGGUGCUGUCACUAUGGCAUCCCUUUUGAUUUUUGUAACUCUACUUCAUCUCGUCAUAUUGGCGGUUCUCUUCAUCGCUACCAUGGAGAAGUUUUGGUGGGUUUGGGAUGAUACUGAGAGUUCAGACUUGUGGUACAACUGCAGAUUUGACAAUGAAACAGAGGGGUGGUUCUGUGCAACAUCAGAUGAGACUGAAUGGCUUCAGGCUGUCCAGGUUCUAAUGGUCCUGUCUGUGGUCUUCUCCGGUAUUUCAUUCCUUGUAUUCCUGGGGCAGCUCUUCACUAUGUCUAAAGGAGGACUCUUCUACCUUACUGGUGUCUGCCAGGUGUUUGCAGGCCUCAAUGACUUCACUGCCUCACUUAUUUACACGCUGCACUAUAAAGAAAUCCUGAAGGACUCCAGGGAGUUGAGCUCAGGACACUUUGGGUUCUGCUUCGUUCUGGCCUGGGUUUGUGUACCUCUGCUUCUGUGCAGUGGAAUUGUGUACAUCCAUUUGCGCAAAAGGGAAUAGAUUGCCUGCUUUACGAUCCCUGAAGAAAAUGUAAUGAAAAGAAUGCCUGUUGUUGACAUACUCCAGUGAGUGAUUAUGAACUUUGUAAUAGCCUCAUGUAAGGAAUGAGAUAUUAAAUUUUCUCUUAUUUAGACUGUAAAUAGCAGUGUAUAAAUACGCACAUGCAUCUGAAAUAUAAACUCAACACAGAUCACGCGCUGAUCAAAGGCAACCAUAACUAAUGUAUUGGAUUAUCUGAAUUAAAUUUAAUGUAAUAAAAGGGGCCACAUAAAAUCUUGUUAUACUUAACUCCCACUCAAAUACAUUAGUGACAUUCAUAUGGAAAAUUGUUAAGAUGUUGAUGUUGUAUAAAUGUCUGAAUCUAAGUUCUCCUAUGUCAGACAAAUGCAUGCAAAUAUUGACUUCAGAACACUCUAGAGGACUUAACCACAACAAACAGCGGUAUGAAUGGAGGAGGACCGACACUCUCCAGGCUUUGGGAGUGCAUGACAAACUCAUGACUCCUGUUUCUACACUAAUAGCUCCAAUAAUGCUGUCUAGAACCAUCUUAUGACUCUCAGCUUUAAAAAAACAGCUUCCUGACACGCAAAAGAAACAGGCCCAAAGUAUAGCAUACGGUAAAUACCCGAUGGUCUCACACUCACAGAGUUUAAAGGGAUAGUUCGAUUAAAAAUGUGUAGUUUUACAAUUUACUCAUCCUCAUGUCAGACUUGUAUGAUUUUUCUUCUUCUGCAGAACACAGAAGAUUUUUAGAAAGAAUGCUGGUAACCAACCAACAAUGGCUCCCAUUGACUUCCACUGCUUGACACUAAACCAAAAUUAUAUUUUUCAAAACAGCUUCUUUUGUUUUGACAUGAC